AGUUGGCCUUUUUGCAGACAGCAUUUUCAUCUGCUAUGCCGCACUGCCAAGUAUAUACAUUGUGCAACUCGCGUCUUGAUCCCUCGGCGAAGCUUCAUUUGCGCAGGUGUACUUUCUGUCGCGACGAGCCUUUCUCGUUGGAGUGACGCGGCCGUUCGCAUCAAAGACAAAGCUAUGUCUGAAAACAGUGCGACACACCCCGCUGGUGUGCCCGGCUUGCGGGAGCUGCAAGUGAAGUACGAAGCUGUCCUGGCCGAGAACGAGCAACUUUACCACGACCUGCGAACGGAACAGGCGCAGCGCGAGAGGUACGCAGCAGCGUAUCGACGCGUACAGGACGAUGCUCAAAGGGACCAGGAUAUUCUCCGACGGCUCUAUGCGCAAAUAGAGCCCACGGUCAACACAAAUCGGGAGCCUAACGCGCACGAGGGCGGCGUAUUCUUCGGUGAAGGUGCCUGGAACACGUUGCGAUUGAACAGUAAUAGCAACGCGGUGGCUUCGCACGGCAGUGACCGCAUUGAUAGCCUGGAGCGCGACUGUGCCUAUUUACGAGGGAAAGUUGAGAGCCUCCACUUGGCUCUGCGGCGCUACGAAGAGGGCGAAGACGCCAAGGACCCGCACGCGCUUCCCACCUCGGUGCCUUCCCCCUCCCUUCCCGCCAUCUCUGAGCUCGAUAAAAGAGGCGCACCGUCCACUCCCUCUUUGAAUGCGGAAGAUGCACUCGCGACAGAGCGGUCGGGCCGUUGUCGGGCUGAGGAGCAGCUCGCGCGGUGCCGUGAUACACUGCAACGCCUGCGCGACGAUGCCACACAAAAGGAGUUCUUCUUUCAUCAGCAGCUGACCGCACUGCAGGAACAAAACGCCGCUUUGCUGGACGACUUGGAUAUGUGGGUCACAGGAAAGCAGCGGACGUAUCUAGAGAGCACCUUUCCGUCCAAGCUCGUUGAGCCAGCAAGACAGGACACAUCGCCUUCUUCCCCACCGGUCCCUGCCGGGCCAUUCGUCAACAUCUCCGAGAGUGCAAUGCCAAAAACUUCGCGUGCAGAGGAGGCAUUGCAACUGCGACAAAUGCAGCAGUACCUGAAAGACCAGGAAGAGGUGCUGGCACUGAAGGACAAGAGCAUCGAGCAGCUAGAAAUGCGUGUGCGGGAGCUUGAAAAGCGGCUGGCAAACGCAGAAGUGCCUCCGGGGCGACUCCCAACUCCUUCGGCAUCUCCCCUUUCGGCCACUAUUCCAGUGAACAAUCUCCUGCAACUGCGACGCGAAGCUGCCGCGGUAGAGGCUGCCGUGGAGCGCUUUGCUAUCAUGCACCUACCGGAAACCUAUGUCCUCUCUCCGUCAACGCUGCACAUGCCUCACAACGACAGCACCCCCGCGGACACGUCAGCAGAGGUCAUCGUGAGCGACCUUCACAGCACUUUACGCUAUGUGCGGGAGGCACUGUCGCACGAAUCGCACUUCUCUGCGUCGCCGAUGUAUCCACACCGCGAAGAGGAGUCAGAGCCUCGUACGCACCCCAUCACAGUGGUCCAACCGGCAACGGCGUCCAGCCCGUACCACAGCGGGGAAACUCUAGCCGAGGCGGCGCAGCAGUUGGCUUACCUGAUGCGGCGUCAUGUCCAGUCGUGA